AUGGAGGGAAACGUAGAACAAGAGGUACAGAACAGUAUUGUAGAAAAACAGAAGAAACAGCAACAGAUAGACAAGCUGACACAUGAUAUGAAGCUUAUUGCAUGUGAGAUUCAGUCUGAGAGGUACACUGAGAAGACAUCAUAUAUUCUCCAUGAGUUUGAGAAAGAUGUGAGGUACUUUCACAAUAAGAAACGAUGUGUGCAGAUUCCAAUGCAAUCUAAUGGUGUAAAAGCUGUGAGUGAGUAUGAAAAGAUGAGGAUGUUUGUUGAUUAUGUAACUGAAGCACGAGAGGUGAUGCUAAAAGAUGUUCUAAGGCAAUCGAAGAAGGUUGUUUUUACGCAUGAUUGGGAGAUUGGGUAUCGGGAGCAAAAAAUGAUGGAAGUAGCCAAGAGGCUUGAAAGGCGGCGGAAGAAAGGAAAUGUUGUGCGGAAAUUCAUUGAAGAAGAGAUACAGAACUAUUCUGUAGAUAGAUGUGUUGUUGCUGCUAACAUGGAUUCCAGCAAUCAUAACUAUAAGAUUAAUGAAUUUAUGGAGAAAGUAAAGCACGAGCUUCUGAGACACAGUAUGAAAAGAAUGAAUGAUAUAAGCGACUAUAUGUAUGAUGUAUGCAGCAAGAGCAAUGAGAAUGAUGGAGUGUUAUAUGAAAACGUAAUGAGACCGAUUGUUGUUGAUGAUGAGCCUGCAUUAGUGUUUACCAUGAAAAAAAACAAUGUGGUUCAAGAAUUUAAGCAUGUACAAAGCAAAUCAAGAAUGAUUGAAAUAUUCAAGAAAUACCUUGAUGAGUUUUCGAAAUGCAAUGGAGCACGCUCAGUCAGAACUAAUUUCCAAGUGCAACAACCGGUUGGUGGAGCACAUCCAACACAUCAACAGCUGUUCAAGAAGAUACAUGCGGACUAUACGAAGUGCAAAUGUGCAAAGGAUAUAGUGACGCAGAAGUACAGAAAUUGUGUUAUUGACAGCAACAAGGCACGUACUUCUGCAAAGAGUCAGUGGAAUUCAAAAGAACGAUUUGAACAAGAGUCAUCUGAGGAGUCAUAUAUGAGUGGACCUGGAGGCAAUUGGUUUGAAUAUAACUUUCUUAUUGAGCCUCAGAUGGAGGUACCUGAUAUUGGGAUUGGUCAUGACCUAUUCCAAGCGGAAAUAGAUCAUGUCAGAACACCGUUUGUUGACUCACAGAUAGGAUGUGAGGAAGAUGACAAGAAAGAGCAUGCGACUGAGAAGCUGAAUAUGGAGUCAUCAUUUGACAAGUUUCUUGCUGACAAGGCAACAAGGAAUAAGGUGAAAAGCAUAACUAUAGAUGAAUGCAUGGCAAUAGGUACAAAGAAUAAAGAGAAGAAAGAUUCAGAGCAAACAGCCACAAUGGAUGGCAUGGAAUAA